AUGAAUGAAGAGCGUAAAAAGUUGCGGAAAAUGACGGUGACCGAGUUGGAAGAGUGUCUUUUGCGGCAAAAACGCAUGAUUGCCAACGCUUCGCUGCUAAAAAAUCUUCCAGACGGCGGGGAGAAGAUCAAGAAGAAUAUUUUCGAGUUGGAAACCCGGCUGAGGCAGGAAAGAAACUCGGGUGUUUCGAAUUACUCUUCUAAACUCGCAGAGUCCCUGGCUGCCUUUGAAUGGCGUCAGCACAGAAACCCCGUCGAAGAACAGAUGAAAGAGGAGGAGGAGGAUGAUGAAGAAGAAGGACUCUGUUUAGAAGACAGUGAAAAGACGUUGAAACUCCUGGCCCAAGUCGCUCGUCCACCAGAGGCCAAGAAGACCGUCGUCGACAAUUACGACGCGGAACUCGAUGGAUUAGCGGAAGCGUUCAUGAAGACUGUGAGAAUCGACGACGUGGUUCGUCAUUCUGCUUCUACGACGCGACCGAAAUUCAAGCCCUACGCUUUGCCGCCGGAAAAGGCUAAGCCGUCGUGGAACCACGAAAGGAAAAUGGAGUUCAUCAGUCUCGCAGACAGCGUGCAUUUGCACGAAGAAGCUGAAGCGAGGAAAACUGAGAAAGACCGUGUGCAAGCUGCGAAACUACUGCGACUUCAUCGUAUCAAAAGAGAAGAAGAGGAGGAAAUCCCGGAUUUGUACUUCGAAGGCAUGGGUGAAGCCGAGGCUAUCGGGAAUGUUGAACCGGAAUACAGUAGUGAAGACGAUGAAGAAGCUCAGUUUACGUUGAAUUGCAGGGCAGAGGUCAAAUUGCAAGUUUACAUCCCAGAAGAUUUGACUGUCUAA